CCAGGCUGAGACAGCAGGACUCUUCACACUGUACUGACCCUCAAAGCAAGACUCACUCGUCAGCAUGGCUGCCCCUCGUCUGGCUCUGUCUGUGUUGGUGCUGCUGGUGGCCGCCGUCGCUCUGAGCGAAGGUAUGCGUGGAACUGGACCGAAGAGAUGCUGCUUCCGUUUCAAUGAGCAGCCGCUGCCCAAGGAGAGAGUGGUCAGCUACGUGAAGACCAGCCAGCAGUGCUCCAAACCCGCCGUCAUACUGAUGAUGGCGACCGGCCGCAAGAUGUGUGUUCGACCCUCCAACGACUGGGUGAAGGAGAUCAUCCAGUACCUGGACAACAAGGCCCAACCGGGACAGCAGUCCGGCCUGUAACCAUAGCAACACAGUAUCCACUACCGGAGCCGCUGAUGGCACGGAUCUGGCAGGUGUCUGUGUGAUUCUGCUCCUUUUCCAGUUAAACUACCAGGAGUCGAGCAGAAAUGUGUGUCAUUGGGUCUGCCCGUGGCUCUGCUUAUGAAAUAUAUGUGUUGCUAUAUGAGAAUUUAAACAAUACACAGUCUGAUAUUUACAUUUCCAGAUAUAAGUGAAUGUAUUACUCAAUAAUAUAUCCUGACAAGCUGUUUUCAAAUUAUAGUGAGUAUAUUAGUCAAUAAUAUGUUAUGGGAUGAGUACUUCUAUAGUCAGUAUACCAAUAUACAAGCUCAUAUUAAUUUAGAAUACACUCUGAAGUAUUUACAGAUAUUCCAUGUUAACUGUAUUUACCUGUCAUUUAUGUGGUCCUGAAUGUUACCAUUUUUACCAUUGUUACCACUAACUUGUAUUUCCACUAUAUGUUUCUUUAUGAUUAACAGAUGUUUAUGUGUUUUGUCAGUGCAUGACACACACACACACACACGGGGCAGCAUCAGUAGAGUAUAAGCUAUCAGCUUCACCACUAUAUCCUGACUGGAUCACUGUGAACUGCUGGAAUGAUCAGUAACAUAAAACCAGGUGUGAAGUACAGCUAAAGAGUAUUGUUGAUGGAAUGUGCAUGUGACUGCAGAAAAGUCAUGUUGGUAUUUACAGUCAGAUUGAAAUGUAUUUUGAGCUCAUUCACUUGUGUUUUUUUCUUUUUUUUUUCCAAAGAAGGAUUCAUUUCUGCUACUAAUAACGACUUCAUGUCACUCUGUCUUAA